AUGCCUCUCUUGGGAGCCAUUCCACCACCUGGUCUUCAGAAGCCGGCAGGAAAGCGACUUAACGAGGCACGAAAUGCUUACCCGCAUAAACAGUCAAUCGUCCCCUCUGUGCUCAUUGUUACUUCAGGAUACGACUUCAAUGUUGACCACAGGGAAACUGCAAACUGUGGACAAGGCAUCGGCUUGUCCACAGUUUGCAGUUUCCGAAUGCCUUGUCACAGAGCGAGAAGAAAAUGGAUUCUUGCAAAAGUUCUCACUCUUCAUGGACAUGCAGCAUAUGAUGUUUUGAUCGAAGUACCAGUCGAUCGACGUCGUGCGAACCAGAAAUGUUCCGGUAUACCCGAACAAGUGGAAGAUACGUUAUUGAAUAGCUUCGGCUCAUCGAUGAAUGUGCCAAAUGUACAAACACGACGGUGUCGAAUCCAACCGUCCCGCCUGCAUCCGAAGGAAUCCCGUCAGCACUUAUAA